AUGACUACCGAGUGGUUGUCUAGAAUACUAUUCUUCUCAUUAUUACAACUCAUCUUCGUUGUGUCCUCACGCAACCUAACAUUCUUCUGCCAUCCAAACUCCGUUCUGCCAAGAUUGAAACUCCGAAAACAAACACAUACAACUAUGGAAGCCAGGAUUGCGGCAUUUAUCGGGACCCCCGGAGUUUCUAACAAAACAGCAUCUGUCAUAUCCUCAAAAUAUACUAUUGACGAGAAUCUUGCUACUUUGUUGAGCGAUACAACUACGGAGAAAUCGUUCAAUCCCGGAAUUAUCUCCACUGGCAUGUUGGACAGCAAAACUUCUUUUUGGAACCGAUACUGA